CUCACUCCCAGUCCCAGCCGUCGCCGCCAGCCCGCCACACCACCACCCAUCCGCGACGCCACCGCCGCUCCGAAAAGGGGGCCCUCGUAGCGCGGCGGCGAGGCCGGCCGGCGUUUGGAGGAGCUCCGAAGAUGUGGUGCCACUCGUGCAAGGAAGGGUACGACGAGGAGGAUGCCGGGACCUGCAAGGAGUGCUACGACGAGGCCAGCGAGACGGAGGAGGAGCUCAAGCGCGAGAUCGAGGAGCUCCGCUCCCGCCUCCACUUCCUCCGCCUCCCGUCCCCCACCCUCGACGCCGCAUCCGCCCCCAACUGCGACCUCCUCCUCCACGCCAUCCCCUCCUGCCCCUCCUCCUCCGGCGCGGGAGGCGACGGCGAUGCUGCGCGCACCCCCGACACACCCGCCGUCCCCGCCCACCGCGUCAUCCUCGCCAGCAGAUCUCCUGUUUUCAGAGCGAUGCUCGAGAAUGAGAUGGAAGAGAGUAGGAGUGGCGUCAUCAAAAUCUAUGAUGUGUCUUAUGAUGUCCUUCGUGCUUUUGUCAAUUACAUGUACACUGCAGAAGCUCUUCUAGAUGAACAAAUGGCAUCUGAUCUCUUGGUGUUGGCUGAGAAGUAUGAAGUGAAGCACCUGAAGGCAUACUGUGAGAGGUUCAUAAUAUCCAAAGUGAAUAACGAGAAUGCUAUUACCCACUAUGCCUUCGCACACCGUCACAGUGCAAAGCAGCUGCUGGAGGCCUCGCUUUCUGUGCUCAUGGGCAGCAUGUCUACGCUAGCGGAUCGCGAGGAAUACAAGGAGCUUGUUGAGAAGGACCCAAGGCUUGUUGUGGAGAUCUAUGAAGCAUAUCUCAACCGGCAAGUCAACACUGCUGCUGGGAAGGACACAGAUUGUAGCAGCCGGAAGUGAUAAUUAUGAACAUAACUUGUGCAGUAGUAGUAUUCUAACUAUGUGUUUGUGCAUUCAUCAUAUUCUCAUGCUGUUUAGAUGCAAACUGUUUUUUUUUGGAUGGUAAUCAAUUAGAUGAUGUUGCUUGAAACAGGGUUGACCAGCUGUUGAAAAUUAAACGGGAUAUAAUGGCAUCUUCAUGUCCGACCAUGUGCCCAAUUGGUUUA